CUGAAAUCUGCCCCUGAAAAAGAUGUACAUAUACACAAUCUAUGUAAACACAAGGCGUGACCUAUACAAAGUAAAACGGGAAAGUUUACUAAGCUUGCAAAAAUUAACUGAAGAUCAAUAGGGACUGAUAAGAAUAUACAUGGAUGACGGAGACUUUAACUUCUACAGAAUAUGUAUAGUUGAGAAAAAUGUAGCACUGCUUGCCCUGAAAGAGUUAUUCGAGACACUUUGGGAGAGGAAAUACCCUGCAAUACCUUGGACAAAAGAUUCUGCAUGUGUAACACUGUUCGAACAGAAGGAAGAUGAACUCUUUGAAAAUGGUGUAGCACCAUUACCCAGUAAAGAAAAGCGGAGAAAACAAGAAAAAAGAUUACAGCGACAAAGAAGUUUCAGAGACAGCCACUGGACUAACUAUGUCUGGGAUACCAGUAAAGUUGUCCAUGCUCUUGUGGACUCAAAACUAUUUGUCAAUGAUCUGACAAUUGCAGAUGAAGAUGGUGUGCAAGUCAGUGAGCAUAUUGUCAAGAUUAAGGAUAUUCGUAACCAAACUGCUCAUUUAACAACAUCUGCUAUUAGCACUGAAGAAUUUGAGAAAGUGGUGGAGUCAUUGAACAAACAUAUAAAAGCACUAGAGUUAACAAAUGUUGAUUUGUCUCGGUACGUUGUGAAACUCCAAACAGUUAAAAACCAAAAGAAGCCGGUCUUGCAGCAUGUAUAUAAAGAAAGGGAAAGACACGAUACACUUGUAAAAAGACAAAUCGCUGACAGGAAAUAUUUUUCUACAGAAUAUAAGAGACUCGACAGGGAGAAACACUUUCUGAAAACAAAUAUAGAUCACUUGAAGACGAAAGAAAAAACUGCUGAAAAUGAUGGAACUGAUGAAGAAAAUGGAAACACAGAAGAGAAUACCGAAGACCAAAGUCACAAACAUUCUUUAACAACAAAGUACGAAAGUCUCGAGUCAGAUUACAACCAUCUAAACAAGGUUACAGAGGACCUUAACAACAAAGGGUCUGUAGAUCCAGAGGAACUCAAAUCUGAAAAUGACUACCUGGAACAAAUUAUGGUUGAUACUAACAAAACACACGCGGCUGAAAUUGACAGACUUAAGUCGGAAAAUGACUUUAUGAAACAGAUCUUGACACAUUCUUCAGAACUUGUAAAGUUGAAACAGACUUUGGCAGACAUGAAAAAGAAACAUGCUGCAAAGAUUGAGAGACUUGAAUCUGAACAUUCCGCUGAGGUUCAGAAACUAAUCUCUGAAAACGCCAUUCUGAAACAAACAAUAAAUGAGAGAAAUGACCGCGGACAAUGUGGCAUACAAAAGAACACAAAUAUUUAUCAAAUGCUGGUAUGUUAUCAUGUGUGCAUUUUCAUUAUCAUAACAUUUUUGCACAAAAUGAAAAUGAAAACCAUAAAAUAGCCAAUUAAAAAAAGCUUAAAAACAAAAUGUUGACUUGUUUACUGGGUUAAAUGUCAUUCAACCUGUACAGUGGCUUUCAGUAAAUUUUAAUAAUUAUAGGAGUUUAUCACACAAGAGCUUUAGGGCUUAUGUUGUUGGAUCACCAUAUGUGACAUUUAAUAAAGCUUACCUUUACCUUUACACAAAGUGAACAAGUAUGAUAUGCAACCGACAAAUUUGGUUGACAGAAAGAAUUUGACUUGACCCUACCCUAGCUACUUGAAACUUUGCACAGUGAUGCCCAUUCGCUUUGCGCAUUCU